GUCAGCGUCUUUCAGUCCGCGAGCUCGCAAUGAAAUUUGAGAAGGGCCUCAGUACUGCCACAUUAUUAUCUAACGAGGUUAAAUGUAAACAAGUGGCUUUAUUGGAGCGAUACAUCCUUCUGAAUAAUCUAAAGAGUGUAUUGGAGUCACUGAGAGGUCAAGUAGCUGGCAAAUAUAAGGAUGAAAUUGAGGAAUCGGUAUCUAUGGUGGAUAUUUUAGCAGUUCAGCUGUCCAAAACAGAAAAUGAGUUGCUUCAGCAGAAAACCGAGGUCACGAGAAUAGCGACUUCACUAAAACUGGCUUCUGAAGAUGCUAGGAGAAUUGUUGACGAAGAACGAACUAAUGCACGCAUGGAGAUUGAAAAUGCUAGAGCUGCUGUACAAAGAGUUCAAAAAGUACUUAAAGAGAAAGAGAACAGUUCACAAAGAAUUAGAAAGCAGUUGCAGCCCACCUAAUAGGACUGCUUGAUUCCGUCGAGUAUGGAAAAAGCGAAAGGUAUUUUACGGUCUCUUUUGCGUUCUUCUUCUGUUACUUGCAUAUUUUCUGUGGUAUCAUUCAAGUCAUCUACUGAUGUCUUCCUUGGGUUUCUCUCAAAAGCAAAAGGUAAAAACAACAUGAUAGCAAAUGAGUAUGGAAAAAGCACAAUCAUUUUACCUUCUAUAUUUUUAUCUGCAAUUACAUCAGACGUGCCCGUAGCUUUAGGAGGAUAUGUUGAUUCAUUAUGCGAGAUUGAUGUAUCAACCGAGCUAGCUGGGUCAUCUAAUAUAACAUGCUUGGUUAGUAUUUAUUAAAAUGGCUGAACCAUGAAUGCUAGGAUGUAACAUAAAAUAAUCUUACUUGAAUUACAAAGGGGACGAAGAUCAACUUUCCUGUGCUUAUCAUCUCACGUGGGUUUGAUUAGCUGCCCCAACAUAUGAUCUGCCCCAACAUUAGUUCCUAUUGUAAUCCAGCAUGGGCGUUCAGAAAGCAAAGAGAAGUUAAACAUAAUCACAAAUAGUAUGAUUGUCAAAUACGCACAUAUAACUAACGACAUUGUAAAUCCACCAAAUAUGUACCAGGGAUCACAUAUGAAGAUUGUUGAACAUUUGUGAUAUCACAUAGAGUACGGCGGUGAACAAUCGGCCCGUCGUCUAGAUGGUUUAUAAAACCAUCCGACUUCUUAGUGCGAUAAGAUGCCCGCCUCCACGCGUUGAUAAGAUCCCUAUGGUCUACCAUUUUUACAACAGGUAUGAGAGUUAGAGAACAAAAAAAGUAUGUACAAAUCACUUAGGUAGAUGUUGAUACAACAUCUAUGAAACCAACACGGGGAACAUCUAUGAAGUCAGGUUACUAUAACGAUUAAUUUGCAUACUAUAGGUAUUCAGAAAAACCCAAGAGUAGUCAGCAAAAUCACGCUUAAAUACUUACCGGUCUUUGAAAGGGAUGGCUGAUUAUCCUCUUGUAACCUGACCAUAUCCUCCUCUUUUUUCUUCCGAUAAGAUUCACGCCUCUAUGCGUUGAACUGCUCCCUUGUUUCGCCAAUGUUUUUUUCUUCAUUACAUACAACUAUUGUUGCAUGCUGCUCGGAAGUUUUGUCAUCUUCAUUACGUU